GGCGGUCUGUGUGAGGACAGCUUUGGAACAGCACCUUGGGAAGAAAGGGAGGAGUCGUGUUGGGGCCGCCGGGAGCUACGGGUUCUCCUCUUCCAAGAUGGGUGCCAAAUGACGUGUAUCAUGUGCCUAUUUGUGAGAUUUGGGGAGGAUCCCAGACCUUAACACCCCUUUGGUUGUGUCCUCUCACAUUGUGGCAGGUUGCUUAUGUUUAGAGUGUCAUAUCUACGAAACCAUUGCCUGAUCCCAAAUCAUGAAGACUCACACCUGUAUUCUGUGAGAUUUAUGGGUUUUGCUGUUACAUUUAGGUCUUUGAUUCAUGGUACGAGGGCCUGAAUGGGGUGACAGAAAAGGAGAGCCUGGAAGUGCCCUGACACGUUCUGAAGGCAGACUGAGUGUCAGCACCCCGAACCCCUGAUUGCCUGCUGCCUUGGACUACCUUGAACCUCUAAGAUCUCAUCCUCCACCUCUCAGUGCCACUACCAUGAUGGAUGUGAGUGAACUUGGGGAGUCUGCCCGCUACCUCCGCCAGGGCUACCAGGAGCAGAUGAAGGUGCACACUGUCCUGUGGGAUGGGAAGAAGCGGGUCUGGGUACCUGAUGAACAGGAUGCUUACGUGGAGGCUGAGGUCAAAUCCGAGGCUACUGGGGGCAGAGUCAACGUGGAGACCAAAGACCAGAAGGUGCUGACGGUUCGUGAAGCUGAACUGCAGCCCAUGAACCCGCCCCGCUUCGACUUGCUGGAGGACAUGGCCAUGAUGACGCACCUCAACGAGGCAGCCGUACUGCACAACCUGCGCCAGCGUUACGCUCGCUGGAUGAUCUAUACAUACUCGGGCCUCUUCUGUGUCACCAUCAACCCCUACAAAUGGCUCCCGAUCUAUACAGCCUCUGUGGUAGCCGCUUACAAGGGAAAGCGCCGCUCGGAGGCCCCGCCCCACAUAUAUGCGGUGGCAGAUAACGCCUACAAUGACAUGCUGCGCAACCGAGAGAACCAGUCCAUGCUGAUCACGGGAGAGUCGGGGGCCGGUAAGACGGUUAACACCAAGCGGGUCAUUCAGUACUUUGCCAUCGUCGCUGCCCUGGGAGACGGGCUGGGCAAGAAGGCCUUUCUGGCCACGAAGACCAGGGGCACCCUCGAGGAUCAAAUCAUUGAGGCUAACCCUGCCAUGGAGGCUUUUGGCAAUGCCAAGACCCUGCGGAACGACAACUCGUCCCGCUUCGGCAAGUUCAUCCGCAUUCAUUUUGGUCCCUCUGGGAAGCUGGCAUCCGCGGAUAUUGACAGCUAUCUCCUGGAGAAGUCAAGGGUGAUCUUCCAGCUGCCUGGUGAGCGAGGCUACCACGUCUACUACCAGAUCCUCUCGGGGAAGAAGCCAGAGCUGCAGGACAUGCUGCUUCUGUCUAUGAACCCCUAUGACUACCACUUCUGCAGCCAGGGCGUCAUCACUGUGGACCACAUGAAUGACGGGGAGGAGCUCAUGGCCACUGACCAUGCCAUGGACAUCCUGGGCUUCAGCGUGGAUGAGAAGUGUGCCUGCUACAAGGUCGUGGGGGCCCUCCUGCACUUCGGCAACAUGAAAUUCAAGCAGAAGCAGCGGGACGAGCAGGCCGAGGCCGACGGCACCGAGAGUGCUGACAAGGCUGCCUACCUGAUGGGGGUCAGCAGUGGAGACCUCCUCAAAGGCCUUCUGCACCCCCGAGUGCGUGUGGGGAACGAGUAUGUGACCAAGGGUCAGAGUGUGGAGCAGGUGGUGUUUGCCGUGGGGGCUCUGGCCAAGGCCACCUAUGACCGGCUGUUCCGGUGGCUGGUGUCACGGAUCAACCAGACACUGGACACCAAGUUGCCCCGUCAGUUCUUCAUCGGCGUCCUGGACAUCGCCGGUUUUGAGAUCUUUGAGUUUAACAGCUUUGAACAGCUGUGUAUCAACUUCACCAACGAGAAGCUGCAGCAGUUCUUCAACCAGCACAUGUUUGUGCUCGAGCAGGAGGAGUACAAGCGGGAGGGCAUCGACUGGGUCUUCAUCGACUUCGGCCUGGACCUGCAGCCCUGCAUUGACCUCAUCGAGAAGCCACUGGGCAUCCUGUCCCUGCUGGAGGAGGAGUGUAUGUUCCCCAAGGCCUCAGAUGCCAGCUUCCAGGCCAAGCUCUAUGACAACCACGCGGGGAAGUCGUCCAAUUUCCAGCAGCCACGGCCUGACAAGAAGCGCAAAUACCUGGCCCACUUUGAGGUGGUCCACUACGCGGGCGUGGUGCCCUACAGCAUCGUGGGCUGGCUGGAAAAAAACAAGGAUCCACUGAAUGAGACGGUGGUCCCCAUCUUCCAAAAGUCGCAGAACAAGCUCUUGGCUACUCUCUACGAAAACUAUGCUGGCUCCUGCUCUACCGAGCCCCCCAAGUCUGGGGUGAAAGAGAAGCGUAGGAAGGCAGCAUCAUUCCAGACGGUGUCCCAGCUACACAAGGAGAACCUCAACAAGCUGAUGACCAACCUGCGGGCCACACAGCCCCACUUUGUCCGUUGCAUUGUCCCCAAUGAGAACAAGACCCCAGGGAUCAUGGAUGCCUUCUUGGUGCUACACCAGCUGCGUUGCAAUGGGGUUCUGGAGGGGAUCCGGAUCUGCCGACAAGGAUUCCCCAAUAGGCUGCUUUACGCUGACUUCCGGCAACGGUACCGCAUCCUGAACCCCAGUGCCAUCCCGGAUGACACCAUGGACAGCAGGAAGGCCACAGAGAAGCUGCUGGCCUCGCUGAACAUCGACCACACCCAGUACCAGUUUGGCCAUACCAAGGUGUUCUUCAAGGCUGGGCUUCUAGGCGUCUUGGAGGAGCUUCGUGACCAGCGUCUGGCCAAGGUCCUGACACUGCUGCAGGCACGGAGCCGGGGCCGCCUCAUGCGCCUCGAGUACCAGCGCCUGCUUGGAGGCAGGGAUGCCCUGUUCACCAUCCAGUGGAACAUCCGCGCCUUCAACGCCGUCAAGAACUGGUCAUGGAUGAAGCUCUUUUUCAAGAUGAAGCCACUACUACGCUCGGCGCAGGCUGAGGCGGAGCUGGCGGCCCUGCGGGCAGAGCUGCGGGGGCUGCGAAGGGCACUGGCCACCGCCGAGGCCAAGUGCCAGGAGCUGGAGGAGACGCACGUCAGCGUCACCCAGGAGAAGAAUGACCUGGCCCUGCAGCUGCAGGCAGAGCAGGAAAACCUGGCGGAUGCCGAGGAGCGCUGCCACUUGUUCAUCAAGUCCAAGGUGCAGCUGGAGGCGAAGGUGAAGGAGCUGAGCGAGCGGCUGGAGGACGAGGAGGAGGUGAAUGCUGACCUGGCUGCCCGCCGGCGCAAGCUGGAAGAUGAGUGCACAGAGCUCAAGAAGGACACUGAUGACCUGGAGCUGACGCUGGCCAAGGCCGAGAAGGAGAAGCAAGCCACGGAGAGUAAGGUGAAGAACCUGAUGGAGGAGAUGGUGGCGCUGGAGGAGUCAGUGGCCCGGCUGACGAAGGAGAAGAAGGCCUUGCAGGAGGCCCACCAGCAGGCCCUGGGCGACCUGCAGGCUGAGGAGGACCGUGUGAGCGCACUGGCCAAGGCCAAGGCCCGCCUGGAGCAGCAGGUGGAAGACCUGGAGUGCUCCCUGGAGCAAGAGAAGAAGCUGCGCAUGGACAUGGAGCGGGCCAAACGCAAGCUCGAGGGUGACCUGAAACUGACGCAGGAGUCGGUGACGGAUGCUGCCCAGGACAAGCAGCAGCUGGAGGAGAAGCUCCAGAAAAAGGACUCCGAGCUGAGUCAGCUGAACCUUCGAGUGGAGGACGAGCAGCUCCUUGGGGCCCAGCUGCAGAAGAAGAUCAAGGAGCUGCAGUCUCGGGCGGAGGCGCUGGAAGAGGAGCUGGAGGCCGAGCGGUCGGCCCGGGCCCGCGUGGAGAAGCAGCGGGCAGAAGCAGCCCGGGAGCUGGCGGAGCUGAGCGAGCGGCUGGAGGAGGUGGGCGGCGCGUCCACGGGGCAGCGCGAGGGCUGCCGGAAGCACGAGGCCGAGCUGGGGCGGCUGAGGCGGGAACUGGAGGAGGCGGCCCUGCGGCACGAGGCCACAGUGGCUGCGCUGCGGCGCAAGCAGGUGGAGAGCGCGGCCGAGCUGGGCGAGCAGGCGGACAGUCUGCAACGGGCGCGACAGAAGCUGGAAAAGGAGAAGAGCGAGCUCCGCAUGGAGGUGGACGAUCUGGGCGCCAGCGUGGAGACUCUGGCCCGCGGCAAGGCCAGUGCAGAGAAGCUGUGCCGGGCCUAUGAGGAUCAGCUGAGCGAGGCCAAGAUCAAGGUGGAGGAGCUGCAGCGGCAACUGGCAGAUGCCAGCACCCAGCAGGGGCGGCUACAAGCUGAGAGUGGGAAGCUGAGCCGACUGCUGGAGGAGAAGGAGUCUCUGAUUAGCCAGCUGAGCCGUGGGAAGGCCUUGGCCACCCAGAGCCUGGAGGAACUGCGGCGGCAGCUGGAGGAGGAGAGCAAGGCCAAGAGCAUGCUGGCCCAUGCCGUGCAGGCUUCGCGGCAUGACUGUGACCUCCUGCGGGAGCAGCACGAGGAGGAGGCCGAAGCCCAGGCCGAGCUGCAGCGGCUGCUGUCCAAGGCCAACGCCGAGGUGGCCCAGUGGAGGAGCAAGUACGAGGCAGAUGCCAUCCAGAGGACCGAGGAACUGGAGGAGGCCAAAAAGAAGCUGGCACUGCGGCUGCAGGAGGCAGAGGCGGGGGUAGAGGCCGCUCAUGCCAAGUGCUCGUCGCUGGAGAAGGCCAAGCUGCGGCUGCAGACAGAGUCGGAGGACGUGACCCUGGAGCUGGAGCGGGCGACCUCGGCGGCCGCGGCGCUGGACAAGAAGCAGCGGCACUUGGAGCGGGCGCUGGAGGAGCGGCGGCGGCAGGAGGAGGAGAUGCAGCGGGAGCUGGAGGCGGCCCAGAGGGAGGCCCGCAGCCUGGGCACGGAGCUCUUCCGGCUGAGGCACAGCCACGAGGAGGCUCUCGAGGCCCUGGAGACGCUCAAGCGGGAGAACAAGAACCUGCAGGAGGAGAUCAGUGACCUCACAGACCAGGUCAGCCUCAGCGGGAAGAGCAUCCAGGAGCUGGAGAAAGCCAAGAAGGCACUGGAAGGGGAGAAGAGCGAGCUCCAGGCUGCGCUGGAGGAGGCCGAGGGGGCCCUGGAGCUGGAGGAGACCAAGACUCUGCGGACCCAGCUGGAGCUUUCCCAGGUCAAGGCUGAGGUGGACCGGAAACUGGUGGAGAAAGACGAGGAGUGCACUGACCUGAGGCGCAACCACCAGCGGGCAGUGGAGUCCCUGCAGGCCUCCUUGGAUGCAGAGACUCGGGCCCGCAACGAGGCGCUACGGCUCAAGAAGAAGAUGGAGGGCGAUCUCAACGACCUGGAGCUACAGCUGGGCCACGCCACCCGCCAGGCCACGGAGGCACAGGCCACCACGCGGCUGCUGCAGGCCCAACUCAAGGACGAGCAGGCGGGGCGGGAUGAGGAGCAGCGGCUGGCGGCCGAGCUCCACGAGCAGGCACAGGCCCUGGAGCGGCGGGCCGCCCUGCUGGCCGCGGAGCUGGAAGAGCUGCGGGCCGCCCUGGAGCAGGCCGAGCGCAGCCGGAGGCUGGCGGAGCAGGAGCUGCUGGAGGCCACCGAGCGCCUCAGCCUCCUGCAUUCGCAGAACACAGGCCUCCUGAGCCAGAAGAAGAAGUUAGAGGUGGAUUUGGCCCAGCUGAGCGGGGAGGCGGAGGAGGCUGCCCAGGAAAGGCGGGAAGCCGAGGAGAAGGCCAAGAAGGCCAUCACCGACGCAGCCAUGAUGGCAGAGGAGCUGCAAAAGGAGCAGGACACGAGCGCACACCUGGAACAGAUGAAGAAGACGCUGGAGCAGAUGGUGCGGGAGCUGCAGGCCCGGCUUGAGGAGGCAGAACAAGCCGCCCUCCGUGGCGGGAAGAAGCAGGUGCAGAAGCUGGAGGCCAAGGUGCGGGAGCUGGAGGCCGAGCUCGACGCAGAACAGAAGCAGCACGCCGAGGCCCUCAAGGGGGUGCGGAAACACGAGCGCCGGGUCAAGGAGCUCGCGUACCAGGCCGAGGAGGACAGGAAGAACCUGGCUCGCAUGCAGGACCUGGUGGACAAGCUGCAGAGCAAGGUCAAGAACUACAAACGUCAGUGUGAAGAGGCGGAGCAGCAGGCCAACACUAACUUGGCCAAGUAUCGCAAGGCCCAGCACGAGCUGGAUGACGCGGAGGAGCGGGCGGACAUGGCGGAAACCCAGGCCAACAAGCUGCGGGCGCGGACCCGGGACGCCCUGGGCCCCAAGCACAAGGAGUGACACCUGAGCCCUGGGCUCUGAAGAGGGACACCUGCUGUUUGCCCCACCCUGAUCCUCUCCUCUCCAUCCCUGCUGGAGCCUCGCCACCCCAGGCUCUGCUACACCCUGAAUAAACGCCACGUCUGCAGCUCCUACCGGUUCCUUCUCGUUCUUUGGGGUUCAGGAGGGGA